CUCUUAGGGAGAUGCAAAGUAUCUAGAAACUUAUUUUUUUUUCAGAAAAAAUGUUCUAAACCGUUAAGAACGUUACAGUAAAUUUAGGAUGGAAGGGGAGGUGGAACUGAGCCUUGGUUGUUUAAAACUAGUUUUGAACAGUCGGGAGCGAGACGAUCUUGAGUUCCCAUUGGUUCUUCAAGUUCUUGACUCGUCAACCAUUAGAUAUCUGGAUAAACCAACUGGUCCCCUUGUGAGUGGGCAGAUAAUCAGCGUAUCAGACGGAUUCUAUAAACGGACUGAUUGCUUUGUUGUUUUAUCAGAUUCAAGAAUUCCUACAUUCUCUUUAAUAUUGAUCAAAAAUAUUGAUUUUCACAUCAAGUACCAAAGGAAUCGGGAUCGGGUCCCGAUUACGAUUUUGGGUCAGAUUCUAGAAUAUCAGAUCCUGGUGAACGGAACCUCUAUCGGAUUAUUCUCAGGCACACCGAUUAGUCUUGAUCAGUUCAAAAGAGGUUCGGUUGAGAUGAGAAACCCUCUGGCUGGUAAACUAUGGGCCCAGGUUAAAGAAGGAAAAUGUUGCGACGUUACAUUUAGAUUUCCGUCCCUACCAGGGGAACCUACAGUAGAAGCACAGAUGAACGCUUUAGUUGCUCAAAGUGAUGUUUUUGAAGUUCUUUUUCAGUCCGCCUUCUUGGAGAAAACAGGAGUAGUUAAGAUUUAUGAUUCUGAGCCGAAAUACAUCAAAUCCCUGAUUCAAUUUGUUUUCACACAGUUUAUUCCUCUUCUCAGCCUAAAACAAGCAUUUGAGGUUUUGUAUCUUGCCAACAAAUAUCUAAUCAAGGAUUUGGAUAAGUUCUGCAGAAACUUUAUCAUUAAUAACAAAGCAAAAAAGACUUUGCCCAAGGAUGUUUUUAAGUACAUGGAGCUAAACCAGAAGUGUUGUGACGACCAGAUUCAUGAUUUCAUAAUUCAAGAGUUUGCCAACCAUACAAACAUACUUAUCAGACAACCAAAGUUUUUAACCCUGAGCUUAGAGAAUGUAGAGAUGUUCUUCAGUCUUCUUAAUUUAAAUGCUCAGGAUUGGGAGCUUCUUCAUGCACUUAGGUAGGAC